CGAACGAGCGAGCAAGCGAGCAAGCAAGCAGGCAGAGGCUGCCCUCCUGUCUCCCCCACCCUUAGCAUGCCUCGCAGAGCCCAUGGCCUCCGUACACACGGAGGAGAGUGAGGCAGCCCCAGCCGCUCCUCACGUCAUCCGCUGAGAGAGAGACGACGGGUCUCGACACGGCGAGGAGCAAUAAUUCUAACGAGCCAAGAUGGCGGCGGACACGGUGGCCCUGUCCGCGCUCACGCUCGCCAGGGGCGACAAGAUCCUCGUGACCGUCGAGUCCGCGCUACCGGACAUCGUCGUCGUGUCCUUCGUUCACGGUGCCAAGUGCUUCCAGGGCGCAUUGCUCGACGCCACCAAGAGAGGUCUACCAUGUGGCGUGCAACCCCCUGAACCGGUACCAGAUCCUGACGGCGACAAAUUGGCAACGAUCGCUGCCCGUUUCAGCUACUUCCAGGAAAGAAAGAGCUCUUUGGCCGUGGCGAAAGUCGAUCUUCGUAGGAACAUCAAUCCACCGGCCAGGUACAAGAAUGCACGUCCAACGGUCAGACUCAGGCCACGCCAGGUGCUCUGUAGCAAGUGUAGAUCGAUCUGCAACGAGAACAGCGAGAACGUGGACGUCAGCAGAAAACGGAAGCAUGACGAGGUACAGCAGGAACAGCAACAGCCGCAGCAACAGCAGGUCACGGGCCAUGGAUCCACGAGAAGAAGCGAUCGGCGUUGCGGUCAGCAGCCGCAAAAAGCCUCGAGAGUACUGUUCUCCGAAUGUCAGUCGGAGAACAUCACGGUGUCAUCUCAUCAGACAGCCAAGUCCUCCUCGUCCACCGCGCUCAGCCCCGAUUCGUCGAAACUUGGCCCGUCUCUCAUCCCGAAAAUCUCGAGACUUCAGCCGAACGAGAUCAACAACGCCAUGCAAGGAAAUGAAAAAGUGAAGAUCGGUCAGUCCUAUUGGAACAACAGAGCAGAGGAGGGCGACUCAUCGGCGAACGCGAUGGAGCCAAUGGAGGAACGCAUGGAAUCAACGGAUUGCGACAGUAAUCCGUCGAUGGCUUACUGCGCCACGCCCAGGAGGCUUAGUAGCUCCUCGGUGGAGAGCGCGAAGAUACCAGAGGAAGAGGAGAAGAAAACGUUCGCGGCCGCUGACUCGACAAUGAGGCCAAGAACGGGCCGUGUGCCGAGAAAGAAACGAUCCGUUGGGUCGAUGGAGGAUCUAUGGGACGAGACCGUGUUCGAAGAUCCAACGAGAACAGCUAGAACCACGCCGGUGAUCAAGAUCUCGUUCGGAGCUCAGGGUGAGGGAACAGUCCUGAAGAUACCUUCGAAGAUUCAGGAUCCAGAGUACGAGCAGGAAACAGACGACGCGGAAGAUGUGCAGACGGAGACUGAGAAGGAUCCGUUGGAGUUGCCGAUAAACUUUGAUAAUGAAUACGAUUACCGCGAGGACGGAGAGGAAGAUGGACAGGAACAGGUGGAUCCGCAGAAGCAAGGUGUGAAGGAUGCCAACGCUAAAGCUGCAAAACGUGCGCUGAAGAAAGCCAAGAAAGAAGCCAGGAGAAAAAUGCUGGGCGGAGUUUCGCCAGCGAGAUCUCCUUGCAAUGGAUCACCACGAUAUAAUCCCACAUACGACACGUUGUCGUACCACCGGCGCAAGCAUAAAGUGAAGCAUAAAAAGAAACAUAAGGAGGACCGCAAGCAUAAGAACCAGCAAUCGCAGCAUCAGCAGCCUUGCUUGGAACCCGGUAGCACGGAGAAUCAGCAGAAUUGGAACGUCCUUCCUGGUAGCGAGUCGUACACAGCCAUAAAGGAGCAGUGCCUGAAGCAAAAGCUAUCCAUAUCUCUGAAAAGAUUGAACACAAACGCUUACGCCAGAUGUGAUUAUCCCGUGAGCAACGCCACCUUGGGCUGUAAGAGUCCUUGUGCCAGUAGCGACGAGCUGAGUGAACCGGAGCCUGAGGUGGACGCUGGUGAAACUGCUCCAGAUUUUCCACCACAAUCUCAUCCGCUGAUGAUGCGCCUUGCCGCGACACCGGUGGAACAUUGUCUCACUGCUAAUGGUAGAAGAAUGGACGUCGGUGACGUGGUGUGGGGAAAGAUUCAUGGGUUCCCGUGGUGGCCAGGCAAAGUACUCAGCAUCACAGUUUCUUGUAAGGAGGAUGGUACAUCGUCUGGACCACAGGCUCACGUUGCCUGGUAUGGUUCCUCGACAAGUUCUCUCAUGUCGUGCGACCAGUUGAGUCCAUUUUUAGAAACGUUCAAGACACGGUACAACAAGAAGAAGAGAGGCCCGUACAAGGAGGCGAUACGACAGGCGCAGAACGAGGCCCGAAGUCAGAUCACGCCUAACUCGACGAGCAGCGUGCUGAAUGUGUGUGGCUCACCGCGCGAGGUCAACGUUCUCUCCUAA